GUUCGGCCAUUUUUGUCACGUUCGUCCAUGUGAAAGGUCGUCUUUCUUCACGCUGUUAUAAGUGACUAUCUUUCGAUAUGGUUAACGGAAGGAUUCCGUCGGUCUUCUCCAAGACCUACGUCACGCCUAGAAGGCCGUACGAGAAAGCUCGUCUCGAUCAGGAAUUACGUAUUAUCGGAGAAUAUGGUCUCCGUAACAAACGUGAGGUGUGGAGGGUAAAAUAUACCCUGGCCAAGAUUCGUAAAGCUGCUCGUGAAUUGCUCACGUUGGAAGAGAAGGAUCCAAAGCGUCUCUUUGAAGGAAAUGCUCUACUGCGUCGUUUGGUAAGGAUUGGUGUAUUGAAUGAGGUCCAUAUGAAGCUCGAUUAUGUAUUGGGUCUAAAAAUCGAGGACUUCUUGGAGCGACGUCUGCAGACCCAAGUAUUCAAGCUGGGCCUUGCUAAAUCCAUCCAUCAUGCCCGUGUGCUUAUUCGCCAACGGCAUAUUCGUGUACGCAAGCAGGUGGUAAACAUCCCAUCGUUCAUCGUGCGAUUGGACUCGCAGAAGCACAUCGACUUCUCGCUCAAGUCACCCUUCGGCGGUGGCAGACCUGGUCGUGUCAAGAGGAAGAACUUGAGAAAGGGAAGCGGUGGUGCCGCACCGGAAGAGGAAGAAGAUUAAAAUAAUCUUUAUUAUCGGCAUUUAUUAUAUCAAUAAAUGCAUGG